CUCCUCAAGUUCUUCUCCUGAUCGAUCGGGAGUUUUACACACACAGACUACACGAUCAAUACUUUGGAUACUAAGGCAACUAAACACUUUGGAAUUCAGUUUAAAUCGAAUCUUUAACCGACUGGGAAACGUAGUUAACACACAGAGAGCAGUGAACACUUUUGGUUGUUGCUGGUUACACACACACACACGAAGGUUUCACGUUUAAAAAGGGGAUGUUGUUGGGCCUUUGUCUCUGUCAAGGUCCCACAUCGAUUUUUCAGUGGUGGUGGGGGAAUGUGGUAAUUGCUACGACCGAAAAUAGAAAAGAGAAACAACGGGAAAAUUUGAGUUGUUUAAACAAAAAAAGUGACUUACGCGGCGAUGCUUUUGGAGAGUGGCCAUCGUUCCAUGGUGGCCUGGAACUUCAUGUUCUCAAUCUGCUUCUUGAGCAUAUCCUUAUCCAUCUGUGCUAGAAUGGAGAGAUCCAGGUUUGAAGCGAAAUGGGAGCCGGAGCGCCCGCUUUAUACCAGAGCAAAAAAUCGAUCGACCGAACAGCAGGAAACGAGAGAGAAGGGGGAGAGAGAGAGGACACGCCCUGGCAAAGUCAGAAGCACGUGACCUCCGUUUCAACCAAUCGGGUGAGAGCCGAAAGCCGAGUCUAUGUGAUGAAACACACAACGAAAAAAUCCUGCUGGGCGGGAGAGAAGAGCAGCUGCUGCCGUGAGUGAGCGCUAGAGCAUCGAAUGGCGAAGUGCGAGAACUGGCCGGAAACGGAGCCGAUCUUUAUAUACGUCCAGUUUGUCUCGGCUUUUUACACGAUGCCAUACGACUGCCGAAUGAGACACCCAUUGUCCAUCUUAUUUCAAGGCUUACGUAUGUGUAUGUACACGGAGAGAAAUUCCGCCAGUAAUCCAAUUUAGAAAAGGACAUGCAAAGAUAAUGGUUAGCGACAAAAUAGAAAUAAAGGUCACGUGACUAUCCAAAUUCAAUUUGCUGGUGGGACGGAUGACUAUAUCGUAAUACUACACUUCCUCGGAAUAAAAUACAGUGCAGAGUGCAGACCUAUUUAUUCCGGAUUGCGUACAUUUACCCGGACAUUGAAAAAUCGAUUUCUUUGAUUAGGAAUUCCUCUGAUCGUGUCAGAGUCCAAAUUAAAAAUUUCCUCAUUUUCCAGGAAUUUAGAAAUAUCUGUACGGCUUGAUGGAAUUAAAUGUUUUUAUAAAAACGUAUAACUCCAUCCCGUUUAAUAGAAUGAAUUACACAGGUCACGUUCUCAUCCACUAGUCGUAUUACGUAAAUAAAUGAAUAGCGGGCCCUGCAUCUCUCUCCCUCAUCUUAAUAUAGGCGCUUGUGUGUUGUUGACGACGACGCGGCCGCAACCAUGGCUACGCACAUUUGACUGUGUAGUAGUUGCAUUGCAUGGCCGACGACUGUUGGGAAAGAAAGUGGAGCGCGGCGGCGCAGCUAGCGCCGCUGGUGUAGAGUUUUAUAGAAGGCCAUCAGUCAGUGUUCCAGCUGGCAGCGUUGGCAGUCAUAUCGUGUGUGGUGGGGAUCUACUGUAGUACUACUGCACAUGACUUGUUUUCGCGUUCCCUUUUGUAUUCGUCUCUCCUCUCGUCUUCGUGUUUUCGGGAUGGACGGAUGUGCCUGGAUUCACGACCGACUUUGACAAACCCGCGGGUUAUCUCUUUUCCUGGCACUAACAAUCGAUUGACGUCAGGAUAUCGUGACAAGCGUUUUCGAUUAGUUUUGAUUGAGUGAUUGUUUUUUUCCGUUCUUAUUUUAAAUUAAAAGGGCAUUGGGCAGAAAUGGCGCAACAACAAUGUCACAAUGACGCAAUUGAACGAGUCCGUUCUAUCGAUAGUUACCACCAUGUGACUGGUGAAAGUAGUCGGACGGGUAGCCGUCGUAGCAGUUUCAGCUGUUCGAACCGCGGUUCAGUCAGCUGUUUGCAGGAGGCUCUCUCUUCUGUGGUCGACGCUUUACAGCUGUCAGGCAGUAGGGAGAGUCUCGACGACGACGAAUUCAAACCGGAUAACAGUAACGCGACCGAAACCACAUCUAAUUCAGUUUGCAAUUCGUGUAAAGAGGAAAAUCACGAAGCCCUUUCCGUCCAACUAGCGAGACAGAGGAGCUACUUGCACGGGAGCGUGGGACCUUUCCAGUCGCUUCUGGGCAACUCAGAACUGAAGCGAACUUUGCCGGAUGGCAAGCUCAAAGUCUUCAUCGGAACAUGGAACAUGAACGGAAAGACACCGCCGUCCACGUUGGAGGACCUUUUGCUUCCAACUCCACUUCAAAGUCUGCCCGACGUCGUUGUCAUCGGUACGCAAGAAACUAAUGGCGAAAGAGACGAAUGGGAAGUCGGACUUCAGGAGACACUCGGACCGGGUCACGUUCUCUUCCAUUCCGUCGAGCUGGGCACCAUCCAUCUGGCCGUGUUCCUGCGCAGAGAUCUCAUUUGGGUUUGCUCAGUUCCGGAAUCGGAUUCGCACAGCACGCGAGCGGGCAGCGCAUUCCGGACGAAAGGAGGCGUGGCUGUUGGUUUUAGUAUCUUUGGCACAUCGCUGCUCUUUGUGAAUUGCCACUUACCGGCUCACGCCGAGAAGUUUGCCGAACGUGAGCGUGAUCUCAAAAAGAUAUUAUUUUCCUUGGAUUUGCCAAAAGAGUUACCAAUCCGGAAGAAGCAACGAGACGUGACCAGCAAUUAUGAUUACGUAUUUCUCUGCGGAGAUUUGAACUUCCGCAUCAAUAAAUCUCGGGAAGACGUCCUCGACUUCGUCUCGAAAACUUGGGGAGAAACUUCAGCGGUCGACUUUCGGCCGGAACUGACAAAACUCUUAGAGGCCGAUCAACUGAAGCUCAGUCUUGCCAACAAUCGGAUACUAAGGACUUUCAGCGAAGCCGAAAUCACUUUCGCUCCAACUUACAAAUACAUUCCUGGAACCGAAAAUUUCGACGAAGCCAAGCAACGAGUUCCAUCUUAUACCGAUCGAAUCCUAUGGAAAGAGCGCAAAGGCAUCAGUGUGCGCUGCGAUCAUUACGAUGUGGCAAAGCAAUUGAAAUGCUCCGAUCACUUCCCCGUUUGGGCUGCCUUUCAAGUGCCUAUCAAACCUGGAAGAGAAACGAUUCCUCUAUCAGCCGGAACGUUUAAUCGGCCUGUUUACUUGGAAGGGAUGAAACGUCGUCUACAAGCCUGGGAUCCUAACAAGCUUUCACUAAGCAAUUCCGCAUCUUGUAGUUUACAGUGAACGGUAUAUUUCAGAGAAAUUCAACUCCCAUAGAAUUUAAUAUUUAUUAAAUGCACUUGUAUUAUUUCGUAUUAAUUCAACGCCAUUUCCAAAGAGGCUUGGUAUUUAAAAAUCCCCAUUUCCUAUUUUAAAACCAAUUUUCGUAAUUUCAUCGUAAACAUAUGAUAUCAAUUAGAUAUUGGAAGACUGCAUGAUGGCAAAGACGUAUACUAGACCGCAAAGCACAGAAACUCUCACCCAGUUACUGCCUUGUUAUUUGCUGUCAUCACAAUAUUACUAAAUGAUAUUAUAUAAGUUCUGGCCACGGGUCGAAAUCAAAGGCCAUAUAAAAAUGCCCGAAUUCGGAAUUCCAUUUCUUUUCGACGAUUCGACUCAUUCCAUUCAGAAAAGGAUUGAUGCGGUCCGAUAUUGCCUGUCUCAAUGUGCCCCAUUUCAUCCAUAUCGUAGUUUAAGUUAAACUGAUCAAGUUAUCCUUGCCACAAAAAAAAGCCAAAUUUUGAAUCCCAGGUCCAAUGUUGAUUGAUUAAAUGACUUACCUAAUGCACAGAUCAAAUAAUUCGCGCACGGUAUUGUAUCAGUAACAAAGAGUUCAGUCUAGACUUGUGUAUACGAAACUUACAACCUUAUGAAUCGAUACUUAAUUAUUAGUAAAAUCGUUCAGUCGCACCGUAGAUUGCACUUGUAUUGUCUGCGUUUUAUGUUUAUGUUGAGUCUCAUUAAACGCAUAUUGUUAAGCAAGUGUGGACAGUUCAAUUUGCCAAAUGUAAUUUCUCAUCGACUACAUGUCAAUUAGAAAUUCGAACGGAAAUACACAGAACAUGGAAAUACACGAAUAGCCUGUUA